AUGCUGGCGUUGUGCAAAUGUACCGCUCCCGAGACGAGAUGUUUAGUGGGUAGUGUCAUUUUUACGGCUGUCGUUUCCUCCGCAGCGACAUAUGCCUUUCGUGACGUUUUUGAUCACUUCCUGCGCUGUCGCUACAAGUUCCUAUCUUGGACGGAUGGGGUUUGGGUGCUUCGUAAACUGUUUGGGUUUUUUGGAAAGUGGUUUCCCCAUUGGGCGCUCUGUCGUCCCUCAGAACCGGCGAACGUUUACGAAAGUGAUGCAAGUGUGCGGCAAUACAUGGAGUUUCACUACACCCUCUCGUCGGAAAGCUUUGCGCAAAACCUUCGUAUGAUAUCUGAGAGCUUUGAUUAUCCCAUCCGAGUCGCUCGCAAGUUUCAUGAAUUUGUGCCUGCUAAUGAUGGAAAGGAAAGACGUGCUCUUGAUUUGGGGUGUGCGGUUGGUGCUUCCUCUCUGGAGAUGAGUAAAUAUUUCAGCCGGGUUGUCGGGAUUGAUUACUCUGUGGCAUUCAUCAAAAUGGCGAGAAAUGUCGUGCAAAGCGCGCUGAACCCAAACAUACAGCCAAUCAAAUAUGAGGCCCCUUUGCAGGGUGAUAUUACAGUGGAGCGCACUGCAUGUCUACCGGAUGGGGCGGUUCCUCAACGGUGCCGUUUCUAUCGGGGCGACGCAAUGAAUCUUCUUGAUUCGGAUGGCGAUGAUGGCAGAGGUCAUAUUGUGCCUCCCGUCCACCAUGGUGAUACAAAUGAUGAAGAUAUAACUUCAUGGUACCGUGUUCCUUCAGGAGAGCGCUUUGACGCUGUGCUUGUUGCGAAUCUGCUCUGUCGCGUUCCCAACCCUCGCAAGCUGUUGGAUAUGCUGCCGCUGCUGCUCGUUUCUGGUGGCAUCCUCGUGAUCUCCUCACCAUAUUCAUGGGAGGGUUCGGUAGAGGAGCGGGAUACGUGGGUUGGUGGAAGGGCAGAAGGGUCAACGAGUGAAAUAUUGGUGAAGGAAAUAUUGGGAGCGAACUUUGAUCUUCUCAGUGAAACAGAUGAGGCAUUUCUUAUUCGUGAUCAUGUUCGUCGCUACCAGUUGGGGGUUGCUCAUUGCACCGUGUGGCGGCGCCGCUGA